GCAAGAUGUGCAAACCAUUAACCCUCCAUCUCACACCUAUCUUCCGUUUUUUCUUAGUUUUGCAUUGCUUUGUUUCAAAAUGAGCCAUCGCUAUCCAAAAGACUACUCUCAUCUCUCAUGAUUCUCACGCCCUACUAUUUUGAUUUUUGAAUUGCCUUUAAUAGAGAAUCACUUGUCGCGCUUUAAGCACCUUGGGCAGAGCCGCCGCUAGGUAAUUUCCGUUUUCGAUCUUUCUUGAUCGAAGUCCGGUCAGUGUUUCCCUAGCGAGAUCUUUCGCGUAGGGUUUUUACUUCACCGCCUUGGUGCGGUGUUUCUUUCAAUCGACGCAGCUCUGCGCCGGAUUGCAGUGAUUUGGACGUAGCUCGGGAUGGAUGAUAGUGGUGGCGAGAAGGGAAGAAGCGAGAGAGAGAGAGAGACAUAGGGAUGAUCGGGACAUGGUUAGCGUGGAGAGGCUGAACGCUCCAUUCGAUGGCAUGGAUUUGGGUCAUACGGCGGGUACGCCACUGAAAGAGGGUAUCAAUCGAGCGACGGUCCGACCUCCGCCUGAACCAGCACCAUGGAUUGUACGAGGUGCUAGAGUCCGUGAAAGUUUUCCUAAUAAUUUUUAUCUGUUUGUCAAUUGUUUUCUUGUGUUCAUCUUUGUUGUUGGUUUUGACAAUUUGUUUGAGUUUUUAGCAUCUCUUUAUGUCAUGGGGUAUGGUUGGAUCUUUGAGAACAUGUUUGGCUGUGUCAAGCCCACUACAUGGUUAGUGAUUCGUGUUGAUCUUUCAGGGGUGACCGUCUCAAAGUCUUACCAUAGGGUUACAGUCGUAGUUGUUGGAGUUUCAGUUGGUGUCAGUUUUAUUUUCCUUUUGCUUGAGUAAUGAUCCUGAAUCUUUUGAUAUGAAUAGAUGCCUAUUUUGAUGAUAAAAA